AUGCCGUACAAGACCGGCCAUGUGAACUGGAGCGGUCUGGACCUGGGGCUCUUCAUCGGUCCGGGCGUCCUUGUCACUGCCGGGCUGUAUGAGUACGUCCCGUCAGUCAACAGUCAGUACACGGGCCUGAACCUGGUACCGCUGGCGCCGCAGACCCCGGCCGGGGUGCUGUGCAGGAGCGCCGCCUUUCCUCUCGGUAUGAAAGACAGGGCAGACAGGAAAGUAGCCGGGAGCGAGGCUAGUAGAGGUGACAAGAAAGACCAGCGAGUCUUCGCCAAGUUUGGACAACAAGUGGCCACGGGAUGUCUCGGACGAGACGCCGACGGCUGUCGGUCUCGUGAAGAUGCGCGACAAGGCGCUGUCCACUACAGAAGACGUCCGUACAGCUAUUCCACCGAGAGCAAGAAGACGUCUGAAGACGUAGUAGAUGGAAAGGAUAACAAGGAGGUGUUGGAAGAUGCCGUAAACAAGAGAGGCACAGCACAGUGCCCGCCCAACACAGCGGAAAGGACAGACCACAACAAUGCAGCCGUGUCGUCUGAAAAUGACGUCACUGAGUGUGAUGAUGACCAGGAGCUGGUCAAAGAGCUGAAGAUGUCUAACUCUGACAUCAGCGACCAGAAGUCACCUUACGCGUGUCCUCUUGGAGGGGGCCAAGUCUCCGAGGGGAACGCCGGGAAGGACCACGGCGUCUGUGGGGAUGACAUCACCUCCGACGUCACCUCUGACGUCAUGAACACCUGCAGUCGGACAAAUCUCUCAGUGACGGAGAAAACGCGGGAAAUGACGUCAUGA